GCAAUCAGCCCCUCUAAUAAACAACGUCAAUAUAUUUUAUCUUUUUGUCAAGUUUCUGUUUGGAGAAUCUACAGUACACAUAACCUUUAACCGUGGCAUAUUAUCUUAUGACAUGAUCCGUGUGUACUGCUGUUAGGCGCUGUAUGUAAAGCACUCACGCCGCAAAUCCGUCAGUUAGUUCCAAACGUUUCCAGAGACAACAACUCAUCUCCUAGUGAUCACAAAGGAUUUUUUAAUCAGUGUUAAUCAAGAUUUAUUUUCUAAAUACGAGCAAACAGCGAUUUAACUAUUUUAUAUUUAAACAAAUCUAGAUAUCCAAAGGUGUGCUAAAUCAUGUCUCAAAUCCAAACGGAUUCACGUGAGACUUUCGCUGGACUGGAGAAGCCUUUGAAAACGUACCAAGGUGUUACUUCUCUAAAAGAUCUAGUUGAACAGUUGCACGAAGCAUUUGCUGAAGAUGAUGUAGACAUCGAGUUGGUCAAUCAUCUGAUGCUGAGCUACAAGUCGGAUCCAGCCGAGUGGAGGCGGUAUGCCAAAUUUGAUCGUUACCGUUACACUCGCAAUCUGGUGGACGCAGGAAAUGGACGUUUCAACCUAAUGGUAUUAUGCUGGGGCGAGGGACAGGGAUCAGCAGUACAUGAUCACGCAGAUGCCCAUUGCUUUAUGAAGGUGCUCCAAGGGCAGCUACAUGAGGUGCGCUACGCGUGGCCAGAUGCGAAUGCAGCCGAAUCCGAGUUGCGGGAGAUCAAGCGCACCACUUUGGAGCACAACAGCGUCUGUUACAUGAGCGACGCGCUGGGCCUCCAUCGCGUAGAGAAUCCUAGCCACGCGGACGCCGCAGUCAGUCUGCACCUUUAUUGCCCGCCGUUCGACUCGUGCAGCGUAUUCAAUCAGAAAACCGGUCGCAGCACCAAAUGCAAGGUCACUUUCUGGUCUAAGUUCGGCGAGCGUAGAAAUCACGACCUGCUUGAAUCUCAAGAGCCCGAAGACAAUUGACCGCAAACGGAUAUUGUUUGCACGCUGGCAGGUGCGCCGCAUGUAUCGGGGACAAACAUCUAAACUUAUUCGUUCCCCAAAUAUACAAUAUGCAUGUACUUAUAUGGCACUUAUUUUUAGUAUGAAUAGUAAAAAUUGUCAAUAAUUAGAUUCUUACACACUUAAGACCCACAUACUUCUUGAUCAAAUCUGAAAAUUGGUUCUAUAGUGAUAAAUGUAAUUUUAGGUACUAUCAUAUGUAUAAAAAUAUCGGGCAUUGAUUGACACAACUGAAGGGUUUUUCUUAACUUAUUAUCAUAUAAAAUUGAUACCAAAACAAAAUAAUUGUGUUUUUUCAUGAAAUUUCAUAUACAUGAAAAUAUAAAUUAAAACAAAUUCCAAAACUAAAAAUUGUAUAUAUAUAUAUAUAUAUAUAUAUAUAUAUAUAUAUAU